GAGUGUGGUAGAAAGUGACCUGAAAAUGGACUUGCAGUACGAAUGCCCAAACUACUCCAAGUAACGCCUCCGGAAGUCCAUGGAUGUCCGUGACCGUACUCGUUCGGACCUCCACCUCGCUCAGCUUCGCUCCCAGUCUGCACCCAACACUCCCGGCUUACCAAUUUCUCCAUCCCACUCUCAGCACACGAAAUAUCCUCGCUUCCCACUACCCAUCUACUCCUCCAACCCCUCAGCUACAGCCGAAGACGGCUAUGCUGGAGCGCCCGGCACCCGACUUGUUGAGGCCAAGCCAUCGUCAGCUCUUGCCGUAAAGCUCUUCGCUCCUCAAGCACCACCGAUCAAGAUUCACGGCACUAUACCCAAGGUAGCGCAAACCGGGUUUGGAGCACCGGCUCUACCAAAGGAACGAGUGAUUGAGCACAUAGCCGCCGCCCCUGGCGAGCAAACCUACAACGCUAUUCCCAUCCCAGGCGCCUAUACGAGCCCCUUAACCAGUUCCGGAUUAGCACAACCGCACCAUCAAUAAUUUGGAAGCGUAGCAGAGGCGAUCACUAGCAAUCAGCGGAUAGAGAGUCCUUCAGGAAGCCCAAGGGGAUAGAGAUAAAUAGUCGCAUCUUCUUUUCUUAUAUAUUAGGGAAUAUUAACGGAAUUCGGGCAAAUCUUGUAAAGUUAUUAGUAGUAUCUAAGAUAUAGAGGGAUAGAGCAGACGAAAUACAAGAUAAAUGUC